GAGAGAGAGAGAGCGUCUCUCCCCAGUCAGGCUGCCACGCACACCGCUGCGUGCCCUCCCGCCGGCAUAGCUCCCCCGGCUCCUCCGCUGCCUCCCGCGAACCAGCGGCGCGUAAUCUGCGUGGAAACGCCGCGUUUUAGGGCGUGAGGGCGGAAGUUUGGGUGAGCGGAGCGGCGCGGAGGACGGGAGGAGGACGCCGAUGGCAUUCAGCGUCGCAGCUGAAACUUCUUCUCACAUCCCCGCAAACAACAGUGCCGCGAGAGAAGGGAGGGCCUGGGUAAAGGAAAAUGGACGGGGGGAGAGGUGGGAAGCCGCCUUUACCCCCCACCGCGCCCCGUGCUCGCUUCCAGUCCUUUGCAGCCCCUUUCAGCCCCGCAGGUGCCGCCGAGGCACGGCUGCCCCCGUAGGGAUGCAGGACCGCGAUCCACCGCGUAACAUUUUUGGAGAGGACGAUAAACAUUUAUUUAUUUUUUUUUUCCCCCCACGGUUCUGAGUUUCCUAUUUCCCGCUCGUCAUCUGAUGAACCGAAACAGCAAAUAACAUUCAAUUAACGGGAAAAUAAAUAAAUAAAUAAAUAAAUAAAUAAAUAAAUAAAUAAAUAAAUAAGGAGGGGAGAGCGGGCGGCUCGGCGGAGCGGGGUGGGCUUUGUGCUGGGCCACGCGGGGCCGGGAUGCUCUGCCCAUGUGCGUGGGAUGCGCGGAGGCGCAGAGCUGCGCGGCCGCGGAAGGGGCCCUACCGCUACCCCUUCCCGGCCUCACCGUCGCCCCCCGCGCCGCCAUUCCCGUUCACGUUCAGGUUUAGCGGCAGGGUCACGUCCUUUGACGUCACUGUACGUCCUCUGCAUUUACAUACAUCGAAGAAAUAAGGGCAUUAAGAAAAAAAAAAAAGAAAAAGAAAUUUGCAAAUCCUCCCGCUGGCAGCAGCGGACGCAGACCCCGGCGCGAUUUCUGCGUGUUCCCGGGGAUCGCGUUUGGCGGAAGGAAGAAAUCCGGCGGCCACCUCAGCGGCAGCAGCGCAAGGAGGCCCCGAGAUGGGACCGUGGGGGCGUCGGAGGGCCGGGCUCCCUUCCUCCCUUCCUCCCGCCUCUCCUGUUGGCUGUGCCGCGCGCUAUUUUUAAUACAGAUACAUAUGUAAAGAAAAAGAAAAGAAAGAAAGCCGAAACAAAACACCCCAAAUUGGCAUUUUCGGGGUCGUGCCACAACGCGGCAGGCUGCUCUGAGUUGCCACUAUCUGGAAAAUCCGCAGGCCCCGAAUUGCAUUCCAAAGGCGGCUGGACGAUGAUGAUUACUACUAUUUCCGAAGUGCUGUCCGCGGCCGCAAUCCUCCCUGCCGAGCGCCCGGCGCUUUUCACGGAGGAUUUGGCCCCGCCGGCCUCCUGCCCUGCCCAAUCUCUCUGCACACUGUGCUCAGGGGCUGCCGGUGGAGGGAAGUAUGGCCAUGGCGAAAUGGGACUUUUCUUUCUCUCUUCCCUGCCUCCCUCCAGCAAGAUUGAAACGCCGUGAAGAGAAAUGAAAACCUGCAGAACGCUUUCCCAAAUAAUUUAGGUGAAAAUUUGAGUACAGAAAUAUGCAUAUAUAUACCCCCGUAAGAAAAAAAAAGAUGGAUUGAAUUUAGGGGUUUUCCGUCUAUUAAAAAAAAAAUAAAAAAUCGGCAUUCAA